AAACUUGAAAAAAGGGUUUAAUUUUUCCUACAAAAAAAUGGCUGAAAUGAAAAUUUCUCCUUGUGAGCAAGCAGAAGCUGGCUCUUUCCACCAAAACUUCAUGAGAGAUGAAGAGGAGAGGCCUAAGGUGGCGCACAACCAGUUCAGCGACGAGAUUCCGGUGAUAUCAUUCGCCGGAAUCGAGAAGGGGGAGGAGGCGUGGAGGCGGAUCGUGGCAGCGAGUGAGGAGUGGGGAAUAUUUCAGUUGGUUGGUCAUGGUGUGGAUUUGAGUGUGGUUGAAAGGAUGAGUAGUUUAUCUCAUGACUUCUUUGCUUUGCCUUCCAAGGAGAAGCUUAGGUUUGAUAUGUCUGGUGGCAAGAAAGGUGGCUUCAUUGUCUCGAGCCACCUUCAGGGAGAAGUCGUACAAGAUUGGCGGGAAAUGGUAACAUACUUUUCGUAUCCGGUGGCGGCGCGGGACUACUCAAGAUGGCCGGAAAAGCCGGACGGGUGGCGGGAGGUGACGGUGGAAUACAGCAGGCAGGUGAUGGAUUUGGGAUGUAAAUUGCUGGAGAUUUUGUCACAAGCAAUGGAUCUUGAAAAGGAUGCACUCUCAAAAGCAUGCGUUGAUAUGGAUCAGAAAAUAGUUGUCAAUUUCUACCCGAAAUGCCCUCGCCCGGAUCUCACAUUGGGUUUGAAGCGGCAUACGGAUCCGGGUUUGAUAACUCUACUGCUCCAAGAUCAAGUUGGCGGGCUUCAGGCAACCCGGGAUGGCGGCAAGACAUGGAUCACGGUCCGACCCAUCCCGGGUGCUUUUGUUGUCAACCUUGGUGAUUAUGGUCAUUACUUGAGCAAUGGGAGGUUCAAGAGCGCGGAUCACCAAGUAGCUGUGAACUCGACAAGCAGCAGAUUAUCGAUAGCAACAUUCUUGAACCCGGCCCCAAACGCGCAGGUUUAUCCAUUGAAGGUCGGAGAAGGUGACAAGGCAGUGAUGGAAGAGCCCAUCACAUUCAUGGAGUUGUACAAGAGGAAGAUGAGCAACGAUCUUCGCCUCGCUCGACUUAAGAAGCUCCCCGACCAGAAUAAUUUGCAGGAGGAGUGCUUGCUUGAGGAUAAUAAGGAUAAGUCCGGCAAAAGUCUUCAACAGAUUCUUGCUUGACCAAUUAUUUUUAGUUGCUUUGGUUUGAUGUUAUGUAGUUGUAUGAACUAUAAAUUCUUAAACAUGUUUUGUAACUUGCUUAUGUGAAAAUAAACUUGUGUUGAAACUUGAAA